AUGAUUACAACUGCAUUGACAGAACUUCUGGGCAUCCGUGUUCCAGUAGUGCAAGGGGGUAUGCAAUGGGUCGGAAAACCUCCACUUCCUGCAGCCGUGUCGAACGCAGGAGGUCUUGGGUUAAUCACUGCACUUACCCAGCCUAACCCCGAAGCUCUGCGCACUGUGAUUCGUGAGACACGUGCAGCAACUGACAAGCCUUUUGGUGUAAACCUUACGCUUCUACCCUCAAUCAACCCACCAGACUACGAAGGUUUCGCGCGUGUGGCUGUAGAAGAGGGCGUUAAGAUAUUUGAAACAGCAGGGAACAAUCCGGGAAAGCUCAUCGAAUUCUUCAAGUCACAUGGGUGCAUUGUGAUACACAAGUGCACCACGAUUCGACAUGCCAAGUCUGCAGAACGACUGGGUGUUGAUGUUUUGAGUAUCGACGGUUUCGAAUGUGCUGGUCACCCUGGAGAGGAGGACAUUGGCGGCCUUGUUCUGCUUGCAAGAGCCGCGCAAGAGCUCAAGGUACCCUACAUUGCGUCGGGCGGAAUUGGAGAUGGCCGUGGAUUGGCUGCUUGCCUCGCACUCGGUGCUUCUGGAGUGAACAUGGGUACACGAUUCAUGUGCACAGUUGAGAGCCCUAUCCACCAAAACAUCAAAGAGAAGAUCGUUGCCUCCACCGAAUAUGAUACCACCCACAUAUUCCGUACCUUGAACAACACCUCACGCGUUUACAAGAAUGCAGUAUCAAAGCAGGUCGUUGCUCUCGAGCAGCGGCCAGGCGGGGCGAAGUUUGAAGACGUCCGCGAACUUGUCUCGGGCGCACGAGGCAGGAUUGUAUUCGAGAACGGUGACUCUGACUAUGGCAUUUGGACUGCAGGUCUUGUACUUGGUUUGAUCAAGGACAUCCCGACGUGCGAAGAGCUCUUGUCGCGCAUAGAGAGGGAGGCGGAAGAGAUUAUCGGUGGGAUGGCCAGGUUGGUCAAGGCGAAGGCUAAGCUGUAA